AGAACUCAUAAAAGUUUCAGUUUUGAAAGAGUGGCCUUAGCAUUUGUCUUAUUUUACACAUUUCACCCUCCCUCCGAUUGCCCUGCACCGUCUUUUUCCCGCAAUUUCUUCCCCUUUCUGUCCUUCUCCAUCUAAAUCCGACCAGUAUUUACGCCCACCCCCUCCUUUUGCAGACACACAGAAAACAAACCCUUUAAACUUUCAGAAUUCAACAAAAGCCCCAAAUGGGCAAACGAGGCCGCAAGCCCAAAACCCCCACCCGGGAAACCCUAGAUUCACCCGCCACCGCCAUCGCAUCGCCACCGCCACCGCCGGUUACGACGGCCACAACCGCAGUCGACGACGUAUUCUCCGUCAGCAACGUCGAGAUUAUCGAGCAGCCUCAAUCCUCUCAGCCCCAACACGGAGGUCGCCGCCGCGGUCGACCCAAGAAGCUCCAAAAGCUCUCCGACAAUCCCGAGGCCAUGGCCCCUUCCCGGAGGAUCCCUCGGGCGGUCGACAAUGGCGACCACAAGGGGGCGGUGGGCCCGUUGGUGACGGUUUCGGAUCCUGGUGAGGCGUGGGAGGCCGUGGCGAGGGUGGUGCCCGCCAUGGAUGCGGUCGUGAAGGUGUUUUGUACGCAUACAGAGCCGAAUUUCUCGCUGCCAUGGCAGAGGAAGAGGCAGUACAGCUCGAGCAGCAGUGGUUUUGUGAUUGGUGGGAGGAGGGUGCUGACCAAUGCGCACUCUGUGGAGCAUUAUACGCAGGUCAAGCUCAAGAAGCGUGGCUCUGAUACUAAGUACUUGGCUACUGUUCUCGCCAUUGGCACCGAGUGCGAUAUUGCCAUGCUUACUGUUGACGACAAUGAGUUUUGGGAAGGAGUGUCACCAGUGGAGUUUGGGGAUUUGCCUGCGCUUCAAGAUGCCGUUACAGUUGUGGGUUACCCAAUUGGGGGAGACACAAUUUCAGUGACGAGUGGUGUUGUGUCACGAAUAGAGAUUCUGUCCUAUGUUCAUGGGUCUACUGAACUUCUGGGUUUGCAGAUAGAUGCGGCCAUAAACUCUGGAAACUCAGGUGGGCCUGCUUUUAAUGACAAGGGAAAUUGCGUCGGUAUCGCAUUUCAGUCCCUUAAACAUGAAGAUGCGGAGAAUAUUGGUUAUGUCAUACCAACACCAGUCAUUAUGCACUUCAUCCAAGAUUAUGAAAAGAAUGGAGCAUAUACAGGAUUUCCAAUUCUCGGAAUUGAGUGGCAGAAGAUGGAAAAUCCUGAUUUGCGUAUGGCAAUGGGCAUGAAACCUGAUCAGAAGGGUGUUCGUAUAAGAAGAGUUGAUCCCACUGCUCCGGAAUCUCAGGUUCUGAAGCCAUCUGAUAUCAUUCUCAGUUUUGAUGGAGUUAAGAUUGCCAAUGAUGGAACAGUUCCUUUCCGGCAUGGAGAACGCAUAGGUUUUAGUUACCUUGUCUCUCAGAAAUAUACUGGAGAUAAUUCAGCGGUUAAAGUUCUGCGCAAUUCUGAGAUUCUGAAUUUUGACAUCAAACUUGCAUCCCACAAAAGGCUAAUCCCAGCACACAACAAGGGCAGACCUCCUUCAUAUUAUAUAAUUGCAGGAUUUGUUUUUACAGCUGUGUCUGUUCCCUAUCUUCGAUCUGAGUAUGGAAAGGAAUAUGAAUUUGAAGCUCCUGUCAAGCUUUUGGACAAAAUGCUGCAUUCAUUGCCACAAUCACCGCAUGAGCAGCUCGUCGUCGUUUCGCAGGUGCUUGUGGCUGACAUCAACAUCGGUUAUGAAGAAAUAGUUAACACCCAGGUCAGGAAUUGUUCUUACUUAAACGGUAAGCCUGUGAAGAACCUUAAGAACUUGGCAAGCAUGGUAGAGAGCUGCGAGGACGAAUUUUUGAAAUUUGAUUUAGAAUACCAACAGGUGGUUGUCCUCCGAACAAAAACUGCUAAAGCAGCUACUCUGGAUAUUCUUGCUACACAUUGCAUACCCUCAGCAAUGUCCGAUGAUCUGAAGACUUGACGUUGGACCGAACGCAUGCGGAUUUUUGUAGCCCCUUCUCUACAAGGUCCCAAAUAGCAACGGUGGGACUCUGGAGGAGGGUAGGCAUACUGGCUAUAGAUAACUCAAUUGAGUAUGUGCAGCUCCCUCGUUGAGAUCGUUGUAUUUAACCCUUGUUUCAAAGGGCUGGAUGUAACCAUAUGAGGGCAUAAAAUUGAAGAAUCGCCGUCAAAUUUUGUUUCUUUUUACGAGUUCCCUAUAAAUCAUGAGGCACAUGUUUAACUGCUAGUGCUUUACUCUCUUUA